CGUCGGCUCUCAGAUGCGGCAGCAUGAGGCGAGGAGCACCCGGGCAAGCGGCGACCGUCCUCCCAUCCCCAGGCGACCUCUCCCGGCCACGGGGAGCCUGAUGGGCGUUUUGUCGUCCUCGACGCUCGGAUCUAACCCGGAAGCCGCGAAAUGAAGCGAAUGAACGUGAGCGCCAAGAAGUGUCCUGUUCCCUUGUCCUCCCUGGAUGCGGAGCCUCGCCGCUCUUUUCUAGAGUUGAGCCGACAACUUUACGUCUGAUUUUCGCCUCUUUUGGAAGCAAACCUCGCCGGAUUGAGCAACUCUGGGGAAAGCGGCGACUUUCCGCCUGCUCCCGGCGGAAUAACCCACUCUUAGCGGUUAUUCGGCUUCACAAACGUCCUCUUCUGGGUGGGAACACGGCUGAUGCUUGCCUCCUCCGUGUCGUCUCCACGCUGGAAGUCGCCCGCCAUGUGGCCGUCGGGAGUGGGUAGCCGGCAGCCUUGCCCGCGGGAGUCGGCGCUCCGCAGGGCGGCCAUCAGCGGCAACAUCCCGGCCCUGCCGCCGCACCACGUCCCCAGUGGUCGCAGCGUCCGCGUCUUCAUCUGUGCCAACCCCGACGAUACAGAGGCAGAGAGGAAUGCGCUGAAGGAGCAUGUCUACCCCAAACUACGGGACUUCUGCAGGGAGAACUACGGCAUUGAAUUCCAGGUGGUGGACCUCUACUGGGGCGUGGACCCAGAGGAGUGGGACAGUCCAGAGCUGCAGCGGCUCCGGAUGAAGCUUCUGGAGGAAUGUCUGAAGACGUCAGCGGGACCGUGCUUCGUUGGUUUGGUAGGAGAGAAGUAUGGCAGCAUCCGAGUGCCUGGUGAGGUGGAAUCAGCUGAGUUUGAGAUGAUCUUGGAUGCAGCGGUAGAGGCUGGGCUGGACACACACAUCUUGGACGAGUGGUACUGCAGGGAUGAAAACUCUGUGCCACCCGCAUACUACCUCAAACCUAAAGCCCAAAUGCUGAAGAAUUACCAGAACUCUAUGGAGUCCAGCGGGGCAGCCAAGACCAAGAAUGACAAGGCCUGGAGGAAAGUGUCUGAGGAGAUCAAGCGGAUUUUCCGUACGGCAGUGCUGCAGCUUCAAGAGAAGGGGACAAUGCAGGGCACUGAGGCUAAGAAAUUCCUUUGCUCUGCGUUGGAGGAUGAAUUAGACUUUGCCCUUGGGAAACAAACUCCUGCCUUUCUCAGGAAAUGUGUUUGCUACAUACGCAAAAUCUCAAACUUUGACCGUUUUGCCAAACUCCCGGAGAUGUCCCGCUACAUGGACAUUGUGGUGAGCGGUGAUCGCAUCAUGCGCAACCAGGAAGCCUACGAGCGCCUGUUGAAGGUGCGGGAUGAGUUUAUACCAACAGUGGUGGCGGCGUCCAACCUUCGUGUUUACUCCUCUGUCACACAUUGCGACAUGAAACUCGGCUACUCCCAGGAAGUGGAGAGCCAUUAUGUUGAGGGUCUGUGCAAACAGUUCUACGAGGACAUGGUGGAUAUCAUUCAGGCCACAGUCCAGCAGAACUUUGACACAGAGACUGACCCACUGUACGAUGAGAUCCUGCAGCACUUGUCCCUUUGCAAAGCCUACGCAGCAUUGUAUGAAUAUAAAACUGAGUUCUUAGAUUACCUGCAGGAGUACAUUUUACCAUCUAAGGGGAGUAGGAUGAGUCCGCUUGUGGUGCACGGAGGACCCUGCACAGGAAAAACGUUGCUGCUUUCGGAAGUUGCCAAACAGGCCUACAUGUGGCUACAGAAAGAGAUGGGCCCUGAAACUGACCCAGUGGUCAUUGUCCGUUUCAUUGGCUCAAGUCAGCCCUCUACAGACUUGCGCACCCUCCUCCAGAGCAUCUGUGAACAGAUUGCAAUAAAUUAUCGCUGCUUGAUUCACUUUUUGCCUAACAAGAUCCAGGAGAUGAGGGAGCUCCUGAUCAACCUUCUUGGGGAAUCCUCCUUUCACAGGCCUUUGGUCAUCGUACUGGAUGCCUUGGAGCAGCUGUCAGAUGCCGACGAAGCCCGGAAGCUCUGGUGGCUCCCCAUACACCUCCCUCGGACAGUCCGCAUUGUCAUCUCAACAUUGCCCAAUAAACAUGGCAUUCUGCAGAAGCUCCGACAUAGCAUCCAUGAUGAGGACUAUUAUGUAGAAUUAACCCAGAGAGACCGCAAGGUUUGCAGCCAGACGUUAAAGCAACAGUUACUUGGUGUGAAGAGAAAGGUCACCUCAGGCCAGCAGAUCUAUGUCAACGAGGCUCUAGCCAAGUGUACAUUGCCAAUGUUUGUCAAUUUAAUCUACAGAGAGGUUGUCCACUGGAAGUCCCACAAAGAUGUUGAUGAAAAAUCUCUGUGCUCCACUGUUCAUGAAAGCAUAGAACAGCUGUUCUAUUCAGUAGAGAAUAAGUUGGGCCAAAGAUUUGUCUUUAGAGCAUUAGGAUAUAUCACCAUGGCUAAGGCAGGGUUAACUGAAGUUGAGUUAGAGGAUAUCUUAUCCCUGGAUAACAUAGUUCUUGGUGAUGUUAUAGUUGCAUCUUACCUCAAAAAUCCCUUGAGGAUCUCUUGUGAUUUGGUAGCGAGGCUCAAAGAGGAGCUGGAAGGUUAUCUAGUGGAACGUCAGGUACGCAAUGUCACCCUGAUGGUCUGGGCCAACAGACAUCUUCAUCUCAUUGCCCAAAAACUGUACCUAAGCAACGAGGAGGAUGUCCAUCAAAUGCACAGCCUACUAGCGGAGUACUUUCUGGGGGCAUGGUCAGGGGGCAGAAAGAAGAUUUUUACAUAUGACAACAAUCAUUUCACUUCCCAAAAUAUAUCACACCACAAAAACCCCCACCAUCAACAAUCCCAUGAGAAAACAUCAUCUGACAAGUACUCUUAUGACAGGCAAACACCGGAGCAACCUUGGGUCUUUCAGUGCAACCUACUGGAGCCUGACAUUUUUUUUGUCAACCACAGGAAGAUGACAGAGUUGGUGUUCCACCUCACCAGAAGUGGACGCACUGAUGAUCUCAUGUUUGGCGUCAUUAUGAACUUUAGCUGGCUCUACACAAUGAUCAAGAUUGGCCAAUUUGAUAAGGCCUUGAACGAUAUUGACUUGGCCUACAGUUACACGCAAGAAAAAGAACUGAAGUUUCUAUCCACCACUCUCAGCAGCAUCAAGGUAAAAGUCUUGAAAAACCCAGCAUCCCUCUCAGCAGAACUGCAGCAAAGGCUUUUGCCAGUUGUCACCUCCUUGCCCAAACUUCGACACCUCCUUCUGGAGUGCGACAAGGAUGGUCCGAAGUACUGCUCAAUUGUGCCUCUGCACUCCUCGAUGGAUGUCACGUACAGUCCGGAGAGACUUCCUUUGUGCUCAAGUUACAUGCAGAUUGUGGAGAUCCUGCCCACCCUAGCCCCAAACAUUGUCCUUGUAGCGCUUGAAGAUGGGUCUGUCAGCACGUGGGAUGUCGAGAGCAGACAACUGCUACGACAGAUCGACACAGCCAAAUCUGUUGUGCUGGGAAUCAGACUAACCAGUGAUGAAAAAUAUCUUGUUGUGGCUACCACUAAAAACACACUUCUAAUCUAUGAUAAUCAUAAAUCCUGCCUUUUAUCAGAGGUUGAAAUCAAGGGGUCCAAACACGGUGGCAUCACUGGUGGAGUGGCCUUCAUCAAUGGCUUCACUUUGUCCACUCACCAUGCUUUAGCUUGGCUUGAGGCCAGUAAAGACGUCAAUGUCAUCGACUUACUUUACGGCUGGCCUCUCUAUCAGUUCCAUUGCUGGUACGAGGUGACUUGUGUCCAGUGCUCUCCAGAUGGAAUGUAUGCUUUCUGUGGUCAGUACCUCAACACUGCAUCCAUCUUUCAUCUUGGAAAUGGGGACAAGUUGGCCACUGUUACAUCUGAGUUUUCUGGAGGUUUUGUCAAGUCAAUCCUUGUCCUGGACACUCUCAACCAAAUGGUGAUGAUUGACAAUGAGGGUAGUCUCUCAGUAUGGAACACUAAAGAAAUCACCAACCCACGAUUGAUGGAGGAUUAUGACUGCAGAGGAGAUGAUAGUGAAGUGCUGAGCAUUGAGCUGUCUGAAGACCAGCGCUCAAUUCUCUUAUGCAAGGCCAGAAGUAUUGAGGUCCUAGAUACAAAAGUGUGGAAAAUGGUGGAGAAGUUUAAAGCCAAACGUAGCGAACGCUUUGUCGCUGCAGUUCUCUCCAAAAACGGACAAAGCAUUGUGGCCUCAAUGGAGAACACCUCUUCCAUCUUUGUGUGGAGAAGGGACAGCGGGCAAUGCAUGGCCAGCCUGAUUGAGAUAUCAGGGGCCAUUGUCAAACUCAUCAAAUCAGUUCACCACAAUCUGCUCCUUUCUGUUGCAAGCAGUGGAGUGCUGUCUGUCUGGGACAUUGAUAUCAUCACAGCAAUGUCUAAUAUUGACAAAACAGGAAAGAAGAUCCAAACAUUGCAGUUGUCUGGCAGAGAGGAUUAUGUGUUUACAAUGGAUGGCUCAGAAGCAGUCCACAAGUGGAAUUUUGGCACUGGAUUUAUAGAGACUGUUUUUAAGCAUGAGGGCAUAGUGGAGAAUUGUGUGCUAACCUCCUCAGGUGAUCUAAUGGUAACUUCAGAUGACAAGUGCAGUCAGUACAUUUGGCAAACCAACUCUGGGGAGAACAUUUUUCGCAUCAACGGACAGAGAAUAUCCCAGUUGCUAAUCACCCACAACGACCAGUUUGUUGUUUCCCUUUGUGAGCAAAAUGCCUCAAGGGUUUGGAGACUUGCCACAGGACACAAGGUGUGCAACAUCUUGGUCACCCUCCAGAACGCAUUGAUCACUACAGCCAACACAUUUCUUGUAGGAACCUCCAAAAACAAGCUCCUUGCUGUCAGCUUGUGGUCAGGCAGCGUAUCCAAAAAAUUUGUUUGUGAUGAUGGCAUCACUAUCGUCAGUUUCAAACUUAUCCCUGACUGCCCCGACUGCGUCGUGUUCAUCACAUCCACAGAGACCGUUUUCAUCUGGAGCGUGGCGGACGAGGCCGUUUGCAGGCGUGUCCAGUUGCCGGCCAACUUCCUCAAAAAUCUUGAGGAUUUCCAGAUCUCACCCAAUGGCAAACAAGGAAUUGUGUCCAAAGGUGACGAGAAUAUUAAUGUGCUGGACUUGCACAGCGGGAAACUGAGGCUUGUUCAUGCUGCCGGUAUAAUCUGGCGUCAGAAAUUAUCACGAGACGGCCGCUAUCUCGUAUAUGUCUGCUUUCGCAACUGUGAUGAGGACGACGAAGCCGGCGUUGUUUCCAAUUUGAUUGUGAUGCGCCUUGCUGACGGUAAAAGCAUUGGCACAUGCUCUUUAUAUAAGACACCCACUUUCCUUUCACUCUCUCAAAGAGCUUUGAACAUCAUCAUUGGCUUUGAGGAUGGCAGCAUUGGCACAUACACUGUGGUGGACCGUGUAGAUGCUGCGCUCAAGAUCAAAAUAGCCACCUCCAACAGCCGCCAGAUAGUCAACAAUGCUUCACAGAAAGUGCGGCCCAAAUGUGGCAAUCAUUCCUUUAAGAGUGUCGCUGACUGCAUUUGGAGGGAAUCAACAGAAGUCUUCUCCAGGGACAGCCCAAUCAAUGUGUCUGACUCCGGUGAAGCUCCACCACCGACCGGCCAAAUGGGGUGCCAUUGCUGCCGGAUGAUGAAAAGUUACAUGUCCGACCCCUCUGUGGCGGCGGAUGUGAGUAAGACGGACUCCCUCUACCGCACACACAGCCUCUCAGGCGGGGCCCUUGGCGGCCGCCGCUCGCUGAAGGAGGACAAGGAGGGCUUCCACAACCUGGCCUACACCAUCUCCGGUGACAGCAGCCUCAGACUCGAGGUGGACAACAACCACGUCAACCACAAGCUCCACGCCGCGCCUCCGCCCGCGUCAGCCAGCGCCCCCCCUGCAGAGGGGGGCCUCUACAUCAUCCAGCCGAACGCUCUGGGGCCGCAAUGGGUGAUGCGGGACACGCGCCACAGUCAGGUACCGGUGUACAAUCAGAGGGUCUUUGGCGAGUUGAGACAUUGGGACAGCAUCCUGUCGGCGGACGAGGUGGACGAAGGUGUAGGGGGGACACCGGAGUACCCGUGCGACACGGGGGACGAGGGCAGUGUCUUGUCCGUGGACAUCCAAACCAGCACCAACAGCCUGUCGUCAGGCGACACCAGAUACGAGCGCAAAUGCAAGGCGGCAGACGUGUCCACCGUGGAAAGCGGCAUCUGCGUGACAAAGAGCGAGGACGAGGAGGACGAGGUGCAAAGCGUCACGGACUCAAUGGUGGCCGAGGCUCUCGCCGCCCUCGAAGCCGCCACGGCCGGGGAGGACUGUGAGUAAGGGAUGCCCGCGGACUGCAUUCAGAAGAAAACAGGUUUACAAAGGACGAGUCCUGGUGUGCGAGGCAAGUGUGUCAACACUCCGGUCGUCCAGUAAAAACCUUAACGUUGAACCAGCGUUUUCUUUUGCGAGUGGACAGAAUCUUUAGGCCUUCGUUAGGAUUUUCCGAAGCGCAUGACCAAGCACAAUUUUCUCAUUUUCCUUUCUGCUGUGUGAAAUGAGUUCACACUCGCUGGUACGCAAAAGUUGCUUUGUAAGGAAGUUAAAGGCCUACUGAAAUGAAAUGUUCUUAUUUAAACGGGGAUAGCAGAUCCAUUCUACGUGUCAUACUUGAUCAUUUCGCGAUAUUGCCAUAUAGUAGAGAACAUCGACUAUAAAGUUCGCAACUUUUGGUCGCUAAUAAAAAAAGCUUUGCCUGUACCGGAAGUAGCGUGACGUCGCAGGUUGAAAGGCUCCUCACAUUUCCUCAUUGUUUACACCAACAGCGAGAGCGAUUCGGACCGAGAAAGCGACGAUUACCCCAUUAAUUUGAGCAAGGAUGAAAGAUUCGUAGAUGAGGAACGUGAGAGUGAAGGACUAGAGUGCAGUGCAGGACGUAUCUUUUUUCGCUCUGACCGUAACUUAGGUACAAGGGCUCAUUGGAUUCCACACUUUCUCCUUUUUCUAUUGUGGAUCACGGAUUUGUAUUUAAAACCACCUCGGAUACUAUAUCCUCUUGAAAAUGAGAGUCGAGAACGCGAAAUGGACAUUCACAGUGACUUUUAUCUCCACGACAAUACAUCGGCAAAGCACUUUAGCUACGGAGCUAACGUGAUAGCAUCGUGCUUAAAUGCAGAUAGAAACAAAAGAAAUAAGCCCCUGACUGGAAGGAUAGACAGAAGAUCAAAAAUACUACCAAACUCUGGACAUGUAAAUACACGGUUAAUGCUGUACCGCCUGGUGAAGCCUAGCAAUGCUGUUGCUAACGACGCCAUUGAAGCUAACUUAGCUACGGGACCUCGACAGAGCUAUGCUAAAACAUUAGCUCUCCACCUACGCCAGCCCUCAUCUGCUCAACACCCGUGCUCACCUGCGUUCCAGCGAUCGACGGCGCGACGAAGGACUUAGCCCGAUCAUCGAUGCGGUCGGCGGCUAGCGUCGGAUAGCGCGUCUGCUAUCCAACUCAAAGUCCUCCUGGUUGGGUUGCUGCAGCCAGCCGCUAAUACACCGAUCCCACCUCCAGCUUUCUUCUUUGCAGUCUCCAUUGUUCAUUAAACAAAUUGCAAAAGAUUCACCAACACAGAUGUCCAGAAUACUGUGGAAUUUUGCGAUGAAAACAGAGCUGUUUGUAUUGAGAUACAAUGUGUCCCAAUACUUCCGCUUCAACCAUUGACGUCAUCAUAUAUAGACGUUUUCAAGCGGAAGUUUCCCGGGAAAUUUAAAAUUGCACUUUAUAAGUUAACCCGGCCGUAUUGGCAUGUGUUGCAAUGUUAAGAUUUCAUCAUUGAUAUAUCAACUAUCAGACUGCGUGGUCGGUAGUAGUGGCUUUCAGUAGGCCUUUAAGUUUUAAUGUGGACAACCUUCUUUCAUUGAAAUGAAGCCUUUGAUCCACCCAUUUUUAGUAAUAAGGAGGACACAGUGAACUGGGACUUGACUUCAACAACUGUAUGAUCCAAAUCCCAGGGAUGUGUUUCCUUCGCCAGCUCCCACAAAUGUUUGUUGACUCCCCCCAGACUUCACAAACGACUGGCAUCACCGCCGAGGUGGCCGCUAAUGAGCACCUCCGGGCUCUGGUGCCGCAACUCCCAGCAGACAGAAGCGCCACAUUUUAAGGCCGAAUGCAUUUUGUUGCAUGGUCGUGUUUGUUUGUGGCGCCACUCCGCUUCCUUACACUUGCACUCGGCAUCCGUCCGUCAAUGUUUCACAUUCUUAAUCAGUGACCGCGGACAGCAGCAAAUAGCCUGACAUGUUUGUGUUAUCCCCGGGCUUUUUGGGGAGCUUACAGUAAUUGCAGCGCAUUCUCUGGAGGAAGAAUGGCCAGAAAAGUACAAACUUCCAAAUGUAUUUCCUGGUUCAUCUGAUCCGAGCAAGCCGAAUUCCAGGCCUGAUACCUCACAAAAUGUUCACCCUCUCCUUGCAAACAGACCCUGAGUUAAACAUUACACCCAUCGAAGCGGCGCCUGCAUGUAGUCGUGUACUGCAGUUGAUUGGUCCAGAAGGUCGCAGUGUUUCGCCGUUAAACAUUGACCAGGCUUCCCUGCUGCCACCCCCUCCAAACCUGC